AGGUGAGGAAAUAAACAAAUCUCUGAAUGAUCCGUUUAUAACGAUAAAACCCGUUAACAUUCUGUAUUUACCGCCACCGUCACGGAGCUCGACGUGUUCGCUAACGGAGCCGGUACUCUGUCACGGAUCAGCCGUCAGGAUGCAGAGCACCACCAACUACCUUUGGCUCAUCUCAGACCUGCUGGGUCAGGGAGCGACGGCCAAUGUCUACCGCGGCCGACACAAGAAAACCGGGGACCUGUACGCCGUCAAAGUGUUCAACAACCUGAGCUUUCUGAGGCCGCUGGACGUCCAGAUGAGAGAGUUCGAGGUUCUGAAGAAACUCAACCACAAGAACAUCGUCAAACUCUUCGCUGUGGAGGAAGAGUCCAACACCCGUCACAAGGUCCUGGUGAUGGAGUACUGUCCCUGUGGAAGUCUCUACACCGUCCUAGAGGAGUCUUCCAACGCCUACGGACUUCCUGAGGACGAGUUCCUCAUAGUUCUGCACGACGUGGUGGCAGGUAUGAACCACCUGAGAGAGUACGGUAUCGUUCACCGCGACAUCAAACCGGGAAACAUCAUGCGAGUGAUCGGCGAGGACGGACGCUCCGUCUACAAGCUGACCGACUUCGGAGCGGCGAGAGAGCUGGAGGACGACGAACAGUUUGUGUCGCUGUACGGCACCGAGGAAUACCUGCACCCCGACAUGUACGAGCGAGCCGUGUUGAGGAAAGACCACCAGAAGAAGUACGGCGCCACGGUGGACCUGUGGAGCAUCGGCGUCACGUUCUACCACGCCGCCACCGGCAGCCUCCCGUUCAGACCGUUCGAAGGACCGCGCCGGAACAAGGAAGUCAUGUAUAAAAUCAUCACAGAGAAACCGUCAGGGACGAUCUCCGGACAUCAGAAGUCUGAGAACGGGAAGAUCGAGUGGAGCACAGAGAUGCCCGUCUCCUGCAGCCUGUCCAAGGGUCUCCAGAGCCUCCUGACUCCGGUCCUCUCCAACAUCCUGGAGGCGGAUCAGGAGAAGUGUUGGGGCUUCGACCAGUUCUUCGCCGAGACCAACGACAUCCUUCACCGGACCGUCGUCUACGUGUUCAGCCUGCAGCAGGCCACGCUUCACCACCUCUACAUCCACGAGUACAACACGGCGGCGCUGUUCCAGGAGCUGAUGUCCCGCCGGUCCAGCAUCCCGCUGCACAACCAGGAGCUGCUGUACGAGGGCCGCCGCCUCGUCCUUGACCCAAACCGCCAGGCCAAGGUCUUCCCCAAGACCUCCAGAGACAACCCCAUCAUGCUCGUCAGCCGCGAGUCCGUCGCCACUGUGGGACUCAUCUUCGAGGACCCCAGCCCUCCUAAAGUUCAGCCUCGCUACGACCUCGACCUGGACGCCAGCUACGCCAAGACGUUUGCAGGUGACGUCGGACAUUUAUGGAAAACCUCCGAGUCUCUGCUGGUUUAUCAGGAGCUGGUGCGGAAAGGAGUCCGAGGUUUAAUAGAGCUGAUGAAGGAGGACUACAGCGAGAUCCUACACAAGAAGUCCGAGGUUUUCCAUCUGUGUAACUACUGUACUCAGAUCCUGGAGAAGACCGAGCAGCUGUUUGAGGUGUUGAUGCAGGCCAACAUGAUGUCAUCAGAAUAUGACGAGAUCUCCGACAUGCACAAGAAAGUUCUCAGAAUCUCCAGCUCUCUGGAGCCCAUCGAACGAACAACACAAGACAUCAAGGGUAAAUUCAUCUCCGGAGGCCUGCUGAACGAUGGCUGGAUACAACAAGUGGGGACGCACCCCGAGGACAGGAACGUGGAGAAAAUCAAAGUGCUGCUGGACGCCAUCACAGCCAUCUACCAACAGUUCAAGAAGGACAAAGCUGAGAGACGUCUACCGUAUAACGAGGAACAGAUCCAUAAAUUUGACAAACAGAAGUUGGUGCUUCACGCCAGCAAAGCCCGGUCGUUAUUCACGGAGGAGUGUGCCAUGAAAUAUCGCCUCUUCAUCUCUAAGAGCGAGGAGUGGAUGAGGAAGGUUUAUCACGUGAAGAAGCAGCUGCUCGGCCUGUCGGGUCAGCUGAUCAGCAUCGAGAAGGAGGUGACCAUGCUGAUGGACAGAGCCCUCAAGCUGCAGGAACAGCUGCCUCAGAAGGUUCUUCCUCUGGUGUCCAGCGGGAUGAAGCCUCAGGCCUACCUGAGUCAGAACACACUGGUGGAGAUGACCCUCGGGAUGAAGAAACUAAAGGAGGAGAUGGAGGGAGUCGUCAAAGAGCUGGCAGAGAACAACCACUUCUUAGAGAGAUUUGGGACUCUGACGCUGGACGGCGGUCUGAGAGGUUAAAGGUCGAGGAAGUGGACAGAAUCGGAGAGUCGCUGCAUCGUUCUGCAGUUCUUGUAAAUAUUCUGAGUGUUUAUGGUGUAAAUAAUGUGAAGCUGUAAGAAGAAGCUUUUUGUAUGAACAGUUCUGUCUGUAUAAUCUGUUCAUGAACACACUGUUACCCUCCGACGGACUCAUUACAAACCGCUUCGCUCGACUUUAAACGCUGUGCAAAUAUAUUUUUACCUGAUGAUCAAUGAAGGAACUCUGUGAAACAAAAAUCCCUUAAAAUACUUUUAUUAAUCAUUAAUUUACCCCCAAAAACACAGCAGACACCUGUCAUAACCUGUUAUAUAUCUGAAUAAAAAUCCCUUAAAAUUGAUCAUUAUUUCAGUGUUUAUAGUAAACCAAAAUUAACCUUAACACUUUAAAGUCAACAUUAAGGGAUUAUUUGUCAGAUAUUUAACAUUAUUGUGUACAUUUUAAAUCUACUUUAUUUGUUAAUUAAGGUCUUAGAAUUAAGGUUUUUUUAAGGGAUUUACUUUUUUUGAUUUAGGGAUCUCUUUUCCAAACAGUUUGAUUUAGAUUAAAGGUGUUUGGUGUGUUUUUAAGGGUAAAUUAGGAUUAAUUCAUUGUAGUUUAAGGGAUUAUUGUAUCAAAGUGGAUUGUAAUAUAUUGUGGUGAUUCAAUGGGUUUUCUAAAUGGAAUAAACGGUGUCUAAGAGGUAAAAAAAAAAAAUUUAAUUUUGAUUCAAUUUAAGGACAUAAAGUCCCUUAAAACUAACCAAAUAACAUAGAAAAGCCCUGAAUUUUCACCGUAAUUGAAAUAUUAUGAAAUAUAACAAUUUUAAGAGGUUUGAAUUCUUUAAAAAGCCCUUCAACUGUGCAAAUAAUCCAUUAAAAAUACUUUUAUAUACAAACCAUUAAUUAUCCCUUUAAAUCUCUUUAAAAUACCAAAAUUACUUCACUCUUAAUGGGUAAACUGAUGGCAUUUCAAAGUGAACAUAUUGAAGGAUUAGGUUGAAAAAGGCUGUUUAUUUAUUGUUCUUAAAGGCUGAUCGGUAAUCAGUCGAGUUCUCUAUUAGUGUCAUAUAUCAAUAAAUCGCUGGUCAGUCAUUGUAGAAGAAGAUACCUCUUCACCUUCAUCAGUCCAUCAGCUCAUCUUCAUCUUUUACUCUAAAAUCUUAAUGUUUUUUUUUGUCAAUAAACAGCAUUCAAAAUGCUCAAUGAUUGUUUGAAAAACUUGUAAAUAAAUAAAUAAAUACCUUAUCAAAGAUGGAGCCGUCUGAUUAAUCUGGAAAUCCCUGAAGAAUUCAAAUUCCAUCAAAUCUAUUAGAUUGCUAAAUCAAAUUAGCAUAUUACGAUAUAAAGUUUGAUUUAUUAAGUCAAAUGAAGUACUGAGUAGUAAAUUGUAAUUGUGAUGAAUAAAAAUUGUGAUACUAAA